CCGCACACUGUACACGAAGGAGGCGCAGGCCACUCCCUCCGCUCACUCCGACUGACUGUCACCGACAAACAACGUGGGACGCUGGAAUUCGUUAAACCACGCCACAGACACUUUAGCUCUGCUCUUUAUACACCGAGUGAAUCUCGCGCUCCGCGGAGCUGGAAAUAUGUGUAAACUACUGACAGCGGUCAAAUAAACACUGCACUAGCACUCGCGCUGGAGGACUCACUAAUGUCAUGACAGUCUCUGUGGACUGUGAGGAAUUAAUAACAGCCAGCAUGAAGCGGGCAGGUAGAGUCAGAAGGAUUUAAGACUUUUUAAACUUGCUGAAAUCACUAAACAUGGACGAGGCGGAGGCUGCAGACGGGAGCGGAGCGCGGGGCGGUGAACUCGAGCGUCCCGCUGACGGAGCGCUGGAUGAGGUGCAGAUGCAUCUCGCCUGCUUACCGGAGCGAUACAUGAGGGCGAAGUUUUCCCUCUCCGCGUACAUAUUUUGCUGGACAGUUGUGAAGUUGUGUCAGAGAUUACGACCGUCGCUGGCUCUUCCUCGGGCCCCCGCUUUAGAGGACUCUGGGAGUGAAGCAAGCUGUCUGGAGGAUGGGGACUCCCAGCAGGAGGAAUGUGGAGAGCAGCAGGACCACCAGGAAUGGUGUGAUCCGGUUUCUGAAGCAGCACAGGAUACAAAAGAAGAAUAUUUCGACACACACCCAUGGCACAGUGACACUUUCUCUGACUCUAGUCAUGAAACUAAGUACUGCUGCAGGACCUCUGAGACUGGUGCUGUGGGUCAUCUGGACUCACACGUUUCAUUUGUUAAACCCACACCGUCAGCUAGAGAGAGAGAUCCCUCUUUAGCUAAACGCCAUCAUGCUGUCUUUGACAGUCUCAGUGGGACAGUGGAUAGAGUGCAAUUGCAAACACAGACAGGAAAUAACAAAACCAUGCUCAUGGGAGUUGAUGGCACUAAACGAGAAUGUGAGGAGGCUUUUAUGAAUUUUCCAGCAGGACCUGGACUUGAUUCUUCUUCAACGAAUGACCUAUCUCAUGUAGCAACACCCCUAGGGGAUCUAAAGGACUCUGUAGAACUAAAAAUAUUCCCCAAGCCAAGUGCUAAAGACUCAUUAUUCACCAUAACAGAUGGAUGUGAUGAAGCCGAGUUAGGGGGCACCUUUGUUUCAACAUCAAAAUGGGAUCAAACAAGUGCUCAGUCAAAACAUAGUAAGCCACACAUGCAGUUCAUAAACUCAGACAAGAAAGAGUUACAGCAAAAGGAUAAAAGUAAUAUGGAAAUACCAUUGAUUCCAAAUCCACCUGUUCUGAAAUGUGCAGAAGCUGAACACAGUGAGUUACACAGUCAACAUCAUAAGCUAAAUGUUGAUGACACUGAGAUCAGUUUAUCUCCAUCACAACACAUUUCUGUAUAUGAGUCUUUAUCAUUUGAGAAGCCUGUUGAACAGAAAGUUUUAUCAUCAGAACACUCACUUCACUCAGUAGAGCACAGCCAACCACAGACAUCAGUAGAGCACAGCCAUCCACAGAUAUCAGUAGAGCACAGCCAUCCACAGAUAUCAGUAGAGCACAGCCAACCACAGAUAUCAGUAGAGCACAGCCAACCACAGAUAUCAGUAGAGCACAGCCAACCACAGAUAUCAGUAGAGCACAGCCAACCACAGAUAUCAGUAGAGCACAGCCAACCACAGAUAUCAGUAGAGCACAGCCAACCACAGAUAUCAGUAGAGCACAGCCAACCACAGAUAUCAGUAGAGCACAGCCAUCCACAGAUAUCAGUAGAGCACAGCCAACCACAGAUAUCAUUAGAGCACAGCCAUCCACAGAUAUCAGUAGAGCACAGCCAUCCACAGAUAUCAGUAGAGCACAGCCGAACACAUAUGUCAGUAGAGCACAGCCAACCACAGAUGUUAGUAGAGCACAACCAACCACAGAUGUCAGUAGAGCACAACCAACCGCAGAUGUCAGUAGACCACAGCCAACCACAGAUAUCAGUAGACCACAACCAACCGCAGAUGUCAGUAGACCACAGCCAACCACAGAUAUCAGCAGAGCACAGGCAUUCACAGAUGUCAGUAGAGCACAGCCAAGCACAGAUGUCAGUAGACCACAGUCAACCACAGAUGUCAGUAGGCCACAGUCAAUCACAGAUAUCAGUAGAGCACAGCCAACCACAGAUAUCAGUAGAGCACAGCCAACCACAGAUAUCAGUAGAGCACAGCCAACCACAGAUGUCAGCAGAGCACAGGCAAUCACAGAUGUCAGUAGAGCACAGCCAACCUCAGAUGUUAGUAGAGCACAGCCAAUCACAGAUGUCAGUAGAGCACAGCCAAUCACAGAUGUCAGUAGAGCACAGCCAAUCGCAGAUGUCAGUAGAGCACAGCCAACCACAGAUGUUAGUAGAGCACAGCCAACCACAGUUAUUUGUAGAGCACAGCCAAUCACAGAACUCUGCUGAUCACAGCCAGUCACAAGCUUCUUUAAACUGCAGCCAACCACAACUCUCAGAAGAAUUCAGGCCAUCACAAGAUUUUGUUGAACACAACCAAUCAAAUAAAACUGUAGAUCUCAACCAGUCACAGGAUUCAGUAAAACACAGUCAGUUGCAGGAUACAAUGGAAUACAGUAAAACACAAGCCUCAGUAGAGGAGGUUCCAACCAAACACAGCCAGACAGAGAAUUUAGUAGAAGACAGGCAAUCACAGUAUUCAAUAGAACACAGAAAAUCACAGACAUUAGUAGAAGACAGUCCAACACAUGAUUUUGUUGAACUUUGUCAAUCAGGGCACUUAGCAGAACACAGCCAGUCAGAUUGUUUGAUAGAAUGCAGUCAAUCUACGAAUUCAGUUAAACACAGCCAAUCACAGGACACAGCAGAGCACAACCAAUCAGAAGCUUCUGUAAUCUGCAGUCAAUCAAAGAAUUCAAUAGAACACGGUCCAUCACAGGCCUCAGUAGAGAGGUCAUCGCAAGAUUUUGUUGAAGACUCACUAGAACACAGUCAGUCACAUGAUAUCGCAGAGUGUAUUCUGUCGCAAAAUGUAAUGGAACACAGCAAAUCACAAGUCUUAGAUGAUGACAGGCCAUCACAAGUUUAUGUUGGAGACAACCAAUCAGAUAAAUCUGUAGAAGUCAACAUUUCACAAGAUUCAGAAGAAGACAGGUCAUUAACAGAUUUUGUAGUACACAGCCAAUCAGAGAACUCAGUAGAACACAGCCAGUCACAGGAUUUAGUAGAACCUAGGCAAUCACAUGAUUUAAUAGAACACUUCAAAUCACUAGACAACACAGAGCACAAGCAAUCAGACAUGAGUUAUAUAAACUGCAGUCAAUCACAGGCCUCAGUAGAAAUCUUGCAAUCACACGAGUCUGUUGAACACAGCCAAUCAGAACAGUCAGUAAAACACAGCCAGUCACAAGACACUGACAAUUUUAGCCAGACACAGGAUUUAAUUAAGCACAGCCAAUCACAGACUUUCAUAAAAUGCAAACACAACCAAUCACUGGAUGGCGUACAAUAUGAUCAGUCAAAGAUCUUAAUAGAACAAACCCAAUCACAGGAUUCCGUAAAGGACAAUCCAUCCCAAGAUCUUGUCAAACAUAGCCAAUCACAGGACACAGUAGAACCGAGUCAAUCACAGGUCUCAGUAGAACACAUCCAAUCACAGGAUUCCCAAGACUGCAGCCAUUCACAGAACUCAACAGUACACAGCCAAUCACAAACUUCAGUGGGACAAAGCCAAUCCCAGGAUUUGGUAGAACAAAGUCGAUCACCAGCUGCAGCCGAAAACAGUCAAUCACAGACUUCAGUGGAACACAGCCAAUCACUGGAUUCAGUGGAACACAUGAAAUCUCAGACUUCGGUGGAACACAGGCAAUCACAGGUUGAAUUGAUUAAGGCACAUUCCAUGAACACCCGGUGGAUGGUGACUGAGUCAGACACAGUAGCGUUUUAUGACAAGGUGCGAUUAAAACAAGACUGCAUGGAUGUUUGCGCAGAUUGUGAAGUCGUUGAAUCCUUGGGAGUUUUAUCAAAACAUGCUGACAAUUUGAACUUCGAAAAUAACGAAAGACUAAAUUUCAAAACACAGGACUUAAAUGACACUUCACCUGUUGUUUCUGAAUACGAGUGUUUCCCACAUGUGCCUAAUGCAUCUUCUAUUGGAGUGCCAGAUUCACUGCAUCAGUGCACGAUUAGCAAUUCACCCUCAGACCUGCAGGUUAAAACUCAGCAGAGUUGGCCAGUAUUACAAAUACACACCGAAAAAGACGAUUACUCAGUUAGUAGGUAUCACAUGGAUGGUUACUGUUUGCAGGACAGUGAGCAAACAGAGUUUUACAAAACCUACCAGUGCCCUAACAGUACCAUUAAUUUUAAUACACAGGGUGAGUUCACUGAAGCUCGGAAGGUUGUAUCAACUGAAGGUGUAUUUACUAGAGGUUGUAUCAACACCAAACUUUUUGAUGGCAAAAGUGUUGACAUUGUAGGAGGACCGCAGAAGGACAGCAACAAGCAUCACGUUAUGAAAGGGAAAGAAUGUACAAUAGUUCCUUCAAUAGAGCAGUCAGUAAUUUACUCUGACAGUUCAGGAUGCAUAGAAUAUAAAAGGCCCAAAACGUUGAGCAUUGCUUGUCCUGACAUGACGACUGCUGAAUCUGAAGGGUGUCCUGUAGACAGUCCUGUUGAAUCACUUUCUACACUGUUUGAGAUUCCACAUGACAGAUCUACAGUCAGCCCCACAGACAUUUGCUUUGAGUUUAGUGAUGGCCCUCAUAUGAACUGUACACAAGUAGCACAGAGUGUUAUAGAAUAUUCAGAUGCCCCCAAACUAUUUCACCAGUUUGACACCCUGUCUGACAAACAAAGAAGACCUAAUGAGUCAGCUGAAGCAAUUGCGUCGAAUGUUGAUAUUUUGUCUGGUGCACGUUCCGAUCCUUUCACAAAUGCACAGACUCCUUUUGAUUAUUCCCAGGUGAACAGCAGGAACUAUACACAGAGCUCAGACACAAAUAAUAACAUUAAAGCCAUUACUUUAGAAGAGUGUGCCUCGGGAGUACAAAUGUCAUUGCCUAGUUCAUUGCAGAAAUACAGUAGGUUUACAAAUAAUGCUGAAUGCUUAGUCUCAAAAAGGGGUGAUUACAAAAACAUUGAUUCUUUUAGUGCUCGUAAUACUCUGGCUACCCCCUUCAAAGCACCUGAAAUGAAGACUGAAGUGAACAGCAGAGAAAAUGUUGUGAAAUCUAGCAGUCACAUAGAUGUUACACAGAGGAAGCUCUGUGAUUGCUGCGGUGGAAAGGAGUGCCAGCUGCAGACAGCGGGUGUAUUUCAGUUCAAGGGCACAGACGCCAUCAGUCAGCGCAGAACUGCAGUGUUGCAAACCUUGAGUCCCCUCCACACAGAUGACAGCACACAUGAAGCGGUAAAAGUAGACUCUACAAGCUGUGAAUUUUCACAUAUGGUCAGUUUGCUUACACACAAACAUCCGAAUCUUGUCCAAGAAGACUUCGUAUUACCACUGACUGGAGCUCAUAAGGCUGAUGAUACUCAUGUAUUAGAAAACAUGGAGAGAAAGCAUGAAACUUUCCCAAUAAAUGCUCUUAAAAGCACUGAAUCAAUAUGUGAAACUUCUGAUCCUCUUUUUAAGCAAACAUUGCAAUUGCACAACUCGGAGGUUGAGGGCGCAUUUGUUUCAUGUUGUCAUAUUUUGCCCAUCACCAACUUAGAGGCCAUUUUAGAGACGGACCGUUCCCCGGAGAGCUCAUUUGCAGUAGAAAAUGAACUGGAUGAGCAACAGAGAGGAAGUCCUUUAUCAGAAGGUGGAUUAAAUGAGGACCUAAGCUCUUGUGAGGAUGUCAAAAACCGCCCACAUGACAGCAGUUGUGAUAUGCAUACAAAAGCCAAUGUAGCCAAUUUCAUGAAUGAACCCGAUGCUGGAGAAACAAUGAACUCUUUAUCAAAUGGGUUUGACAGCAGUGAUGACCAUAGUGUUUCCAGUUUGGUGUCACAAGACCUUGACUCCAGUACCAACAGUGAGGAGACGGAAGACACCAUGCAGCCAUCGUUUGGUCUUCGUGGUAAUGCGAGAAAUAAAAGAACACAGUCAGCCAAGGGCUCUAUGUUUUCUGGUUUGAUUCGAAUGCCCACCUUCCGCAAGCCAAAACGAGAACUCAAACGCAAUAAAAACAGGGUUGAUCCGAAAGUUAGGGCAUCCAGUGGGGAUGGAGAUGAACAAGAUGAGAUGAAGAACAACAGGUCACCCACAUGCAGCAAAUCUCACUCUUCACUGUACAAGACCCCUAUAUCUCAAAGUGCAGAUCACCUUACUGAUAUUACAAAGCAUUCUGACCACUCAAAUGAUGAUGUUUUUGAAAGGGCUUUUGCUUUAAAUGUGCAAAAUAGAGAGAAACACAUGCAACCUCAACACCCGUUUGAGCAGCAGCAGCAGAAAGAUGGAGAUGCACUCAGUUUUAGAGCUGGCCAGACAACAGAGGGGUUGCAACAAAAAAGAUGCAAGAGCAUUGAUAACUUAAACUUACGCAUGAAGCUGGCAUUGGCUCACAAGUCUAUUUCUAGCCUGUUUGAGACCAGAUAUCCUGAGAGGGACCAAGAGCAAAUCUUACAGUUAGAGAAUGAGGAUGGGAAAACCAAGCAAUCAUGGAGAAAGACCAAACGAUGUAACGAAGCAGAACUUUGCAAAAGAACUCCUGUUCCUGGGACGGUCUGUGACAAGUGCAUACAUCAGAGCCAAAUUGAUUGUGCCUUCUGUGCUUAUCAGAACCGGUCCAUAUUAACCAACUUACCAAAUGUCCAAGCAAGAUUGAAGAACACGUGCCAUUCUGACCCGCAGAGUUUGAAAUCUGCACCUCAGGAAGGGUUUGAAGAUGGUAAAUAUCUGGAGGAAGGUGAGCAGCCUUGUGGUGCUUUCUCAGAUUCAGACCAAGCAUCGGUAGAUGGUUUUGAGUCCAGUGUAGAGGACAGGUCGCUGUCACCUGCACACCCCACUGUUCUUGCACUUUCAAACCAAAUGUCACCUACCUGGACAAGGUCCCUAAGCUGCUUCGAGACAACUGAUACACCGACAAGGCCCAUGAGCCCCAAACCACACAGUCCUGGUCUGGGCUGGACACAGCGGAGGAGCUUCCGCUACCCCUCAAGAUCUGUUGCAUCUUCUCUCUGCUUGCUUGGUCAGGGAGUGAGCACUGACGGUCUCUUAGACCCACCUCAGAGGCCGACAUCUCUAAAACCAAGGACAACACAACUCACCACAGCUCACUCCUUCGAUUCUGAGUACUUACUGGAGGACAGCAGUUCAGACAACCAGUCUCAGAAUAGCCUGAAUUCAGCCUCCCUGAUCAGCAAAACAGAGCAUGUACAGCACAUUACUGAAGCAGAGAGAAGACCACAAGAAAAUGCAUGUGUGCUUCGGGUGAAGUCCAGAGAUCCAGGUACAGCUGCGCCCAGGCCUAUGUCAGACCUGUACGGCUGGACCAUGUCUCUUCAGGGCACCAGAGAGUUGGCGCUCGACUUGGAGAGGAAGACUAACGCACAUCAGCGCUCAUGCUCAUAUGAAACAUUGACCGAUGUGGAUAACAUCCGCAAAAAGAAGCUAAGCAAGCAGCAAAGUUUGCGGCAGAUUAGCACAUCAACAUCUGAGAGGCAUGAGAAAUUGCGAGCUAGACUUUCCCUCACAUCCCCGGAGCAGUUCCCCUCUGUUCCUCUCAAAGACCACUUCUUCUCUCAGAGCACACCUGUUGGGCUGGACUAUCUGGGCUGGGCUCACCGUGCAUCCUUUUCAGAAACGAACCUCAGCGCACCGGAAAAAGAGGCACAUGGACAGGUCGCACCUCUCGCAUUGGUGAUAACUGAUGGGCCACAGGAUAAGUCUGGUCUUGCAGAUGAGGUGGGCAGUGAAGAUGAUCUGUACAAUGAAUUCCGCAGCUCCUCCAACCGAUUCGGACACCCAGGAGGAGGAGGAGAACAGCUGGCCAUAAAUGAGCUGAUCAGUGAUGGCAGUGUGUGCGCGGAGGCUCUAUGGGACCACGUCACCAUGGAUGACCAGGAGCUGGGCUUUAAAGCUGGAGAUGUCAUUGAAGUAGUGGACGCUACGAACAAGGAGUGGUGGUGGGGCAGGGUGCUGGACAGCGAGGGCUGGUUCCCCGCCAGCUUUGUUCGGUUACGGGUGAACCAAGAUGAGCCCAUGGAGGAAUACCUAGCCCAUCUGGACGGGGCCUCAGAGGGGUGUGGGGCCAGCAUGGGGGGACCCUUGGGACCUGGACUGCCAUGCAAGGAGCAGAUGAGAGCCAACGUCAUCAAUGAGAUCAUGAGCACAGAGAGAGAUUACAUUAAACACCUGAAGGACAUAUGUGAGGGCUAUAUAAAACAAUGUCGGAAGAGGACAGAUAUGUUUACAGAAGAGCAACUGCGCACUAUCUUUGGCAACAUCGACGAGCUCUACCGAUUCCAGAAGAAGUUCCUCAAAGCCUUGGAGAAAAAAUUCAACAAAGAGCAUCCUCACCUCAGCGAGAUCGGCUCCUGCUUCUUAGAGCAGCAAACAAACUUCCAGAUCUAUUCUGAGUAUUGCAACAACCACCCCAAUGCCUGCGUGCAGCUCUCCAAACUGAUGAAGAUCAAGAAGUAUGUGUUCUUCUUUGAGGCUUGUCGCCUGCUCCAGAAGAUGAUUGACAUUUCGUUGGAUGGAUUCCUACUUACUCCUGUUCAGAAGAUCUGCAAGUAUCCUCUGCAGCUCGCUGAACUGCUCAAGUACACCAACCCACAGCACAGAGAUUAUAAGGAUGUGGAAGCUGCCUUAAACGCUAUGAAGAAUGUGGCCAGACUGAUCAAUGAGAGAAAGAGGCGUCUAGAAAAUAUUGACAAAAUCGCUCAGUGGCAGAGCUCCAUAGAAGACUGGGAGGGUGAAGACGUCUUGAGCAGGAGCUCUGAUCUGAUCUUUUCUGGAGACCUGACCAAGAUCUCCCAGCCACAGGCUAAAGGCCAGCAGAGAAUGUUCUUCCUCUUUGACCACCAACUGGUUUUCUGUAAGAAGGAUCUGCUUCGGAGGGAUAUCUUGUACUACAAGGGUCGGUUAGACAUGGAUGAGAUGGAGGUGGUGGAUGUGGAGGAUGGGAAGGAUAAGGACUUUAAUGUGAGUGUGAAGAAUGCCUUGAAAUUGUGUUCUCCUGGAGGAGAGGAGGUUCAUCUCCUGUGUGCCAAGAAGCCCGAACAAAAGCAGCGCUGGCUGAGAGCCUUCACAGAUGAGCGGGAGCAGGUCCAGCAUGACCUCGAGACAGGUUUUACGAUUACAGAGGUCCAGAAGAAGCAGGCAAUGUUGAAUGCAACUAAGAGUCAUCCAACAGGGAAGCCUAAAGCUGUGACCCGGCCCUACUAUGACUUCCUGCUGCGGCAGAAACACCCGACGCUGCCCACCGCCCUGCCCCAGCAGCAGGUCAUCAUGCUGGCCGAACCCAAACGCAAGACCUCCAAUUUCUGGCACAACAUCGGACGCUUGACACCGUUCAAAAAAUGAGCGACUCGGUGCCUGAACUUGUGUUUUUAUCCCAGUGUAACACGUUUAUUUUUAUUGUCCAAUUGCGGAAGCACUUUAUGGGUUGGUUACAAUCACAUUGGCAUCGAACUUCAUCGGAAGGCACUCGGUAUUAAAGACGGCUACUACUGCUCCACUUUUCCGGCACUAACUCGACUACUGCUGCAAGUCUUCAUCUUUCGGACACGCUUCAUCCACACACUCCCGCUUGAAGAGAGGACUUCUUUAUAUGUCUUUAAUUUAUUUCGUUCAAGUUUUCAAUGUAUGCCAGCUAUCCACAGUGCCCAACUACUAGCUUUUGUAUGUACUUUGAUACUUUUUGCGUAACCCGCCAAGAGGAUUCCAAGGGUUGCGCGCAAGACCGCGUUGAGGUUUAAUACGGUGUUAACUUCCUCAAGACUGUCAAGCCGUGUCCAUCGAUAUCAUGUCAGUCUGUGUAUGCAACUAUCGAGCCAACUCUCUCCUCAUCAAGCCUUUUAAAGAUUCUUUUAGACGACGUCCCAUCGGUUCCACCCUUUCAGACGAGCGGUUCAUGUAUGUGCUCAUUCCAUUCUUCUGCUGCCUAACGAACACUUGUCCUCCGUAACGAACUUCUCUUGAAGUGCCAUUCCAGACGUAACCCAGAUAUUGUGAUGGGGGUUGCAUGAAUUCGCUGUGAAACUCCACAUUUUCAACCCAAAUGAAAUUGUCAAUAUUCUGUCAUUCUGAUAGAUAACGGUACUAUUAAAUGAAAAAGAGUAUGUUUGACACUUACGUCAAAUAUGUAUGAUUAUCUUUGACCACAAAGCGAAGUAUGUUAAUAAAAAGCAUUUGUAAGUGUUAUGAAUCUGA